AUGGAGAACCUCUGCCGAACGUGCAUGUCUACUGUGGACGGCACCGACGACAAAUGCUCCAUCUCCGUGUACAGCGACACGGAAAUGAACGACACCGUUGCCGGCCUGCUGAACACUUUCUGCUCGAUGGAGAUCGCCCCGGACGACCCGCUGCCCAAGCAAAUUUGCCCCGGCUGCGUGCACGAGCUGCUCACCGUAAUCAACUUCCGGGCUGUGUCGACCGAGGCUAAACGAUUUAGAUGUCCCCUACCUCCCCCCACCGAAAUGGGACCUUAUCAAUGUAACAGCUGUGAGGACAUUUACGAAAAUAUAGAAGAUGUUACGCAGCACAUUGAAGAGGUUCAUGAAGUUAGUGAGGUUCAACAACCACCGGUUGAACCGGAGAUUGAGGAAGAACCGCUGGUUGAGGAAGUCCCAGCGAAGAAGAUAAAGCUAGAGGAAAAUUCUGAACGUUACUGCUGCGUAACGCACUGCCAUGAGGUCUUCAGCGGCGAGCAGGAGUUGAUUGCUCAUGCCCAGGAAAAGCACGAAAUCAAAAUAAAUCACAACCGAGCCAAGACGGAACCGGACAAACCAUUCACCUGCAUCGUCUGCUUCCGGUCGUUUGGAUCGGUCAAGAACUUGAAAGUGCACCAAUUCGUCCGCGCCAACCACAACCAGGGAAAACAUUUCAGCUGUGGCCACUGCCCGUUCCGAGCGGUUAGUGCCGCCCUCUUAACCGUCCACGAGCGGUCCAAACACAGCGGAGAACGACCCUUCGAGUGUCCCCACUGCGAGAAGCGGUUCUUCAGCGAACUCCACCUCAAGAACCAUCUUGUUUGCCAUUCCACAGCGCGGCCCUUUCCCUGCACCUCGUGCGACCGAAGUUUCAGCCGCAAACGCAACAUGGAAGAGCACAUCCGGUCCUGCCACUCGGAGGACAAACCCUUCCACUGUGACCAAUGUCCGGCCCGCUUCAAAGUGCCCCAGCAUCUUCGAAUCCACGCCCGCAUCCACUCGGGAGAAAAGCCUUACCAGUGCCAGUUCUGUACCAACAGUUACUACCACAUAUCGGACAAAAAGCGCCACGAAAUGUCCCACACGGGAGUGCGUCCCUAUCGGUGUGAAACGUGCGGAGCCGCCUUCACCCGGAAGCGCACGUUGACCAUUCACGAGCGGACGCACACCGGCCACAGGCCAUUCAAGUGCGAGCUUUGCUCGAAAGGAUUCUGCCAGAUGUCGACGUACAAGAAGCACAUGGAGCGGCACGAAGGAAUGGAGGCGGCGGGGAUGGCGGACCUGGUGGAGAUUUGCGACGACGGGUCGGCGGAGUCGGAUGAGGGGGAGGUGGUGAUGGAGGAAGAGGGAUUCGCGCCGUCGCGCAAACGCCGCCGCACAGUGCUCGCACUGGUGCGGCUUGACGCCGGUGUGAAUGGACCGCUCGUGGCGAGCCCGAUCCGUGGCGUGGGCAAACCGGCGCUCACACGGCGGAUGCCGACAGCCGAACGGUUUCUCUCCGGUGUGCAUCCGGACGUGCAGAUCCAGGGCCUCUUUGGUGCGGAGCUUCUUCGGACAGUGCUGACACUCCCAGGGGAAGUUGGCACCGUGGACGUUCCGAUGGUGGCGCUUCAUGAGGGCGGCGUCGCGGAACACGAACUGACAGUCGGGCUCCGAGCAGGGAAUGGCUUCGAAGGGGGUGUGGAUUUUGCGGUGGUGCUUCAGGACGGACAGUUUGUGGAAGGCUUUGCCGCACGUUUCGCACACGUGGACGGGCGGUGCCAGGCUGUGGGCGCGUUCCUGGUGGUCGCGGAGUCGGUGGAGCUUGUAGAACUUGGCAUCACAGAGCGGGCAGGGGUACUCAGAGCGUUGCUGUUUGUACGUUUGGUGCUGUUGGAGUUUGGGUUCACUUUCGAAGGAUCGUUGACAGCGAUGGACCAGCUGUGCCGCAUCUGUAUGGGCACCUUCGAGGGAGACGAUCCGGAAGCGAGGACCUCCCUGUACAGCGAGCUUGCCAACGGCAACGAGGUCGUCGCCAACAUGAUCAUCGACUGCGGGGACAUUGUGGUCUGUCACGACGACCAACUGCCGGAGUUUGUUUGUGGCGGGUGUUUGGUCCGGUUGAAGGACGCGUUCGCGCUGCGGAAGCUGAUCCGGGCAUCGGACGGUGCGCUGCGGGAGAUGGCCGCGAAUAAGACUCAGAAUUUAGUUAUGGAGGAGGAUGUUGGGGGAGAGCAACAAGUGGUGCUGAAGGUUCCUGCCAAAGUGGUCAACUAUCCGAGCGAGGAUCAAAUUGAGAGUGUUCAGGAAGUUGAUUGUUACAAGAUAAUAAGGUUGAAGGGAAUCCGAUGCUGUGGAUGCAAUUCGAUGUUUGGUUCGCAGCUGGAGGUGGAACGGCACAGUCGGGAGCACCACGGAAGUGCGGAGGUCAAGCAGGAAGCAGAUCGGUUGGUUUUCGAAUGUCCAACGUGUCAUAAGGAGUUUGAGAACAAACUGAAACUGUUGAAUCACGCGAAGAACUUCCAAUCGAAUGAAGUGUAUUAUUGUACGGUUUGCGACGUCCUCUUUGACAUCCGGUACCGGUUGGAGCAGCAUCUGAAGUUAAGCAAAGCUCACAGGAAUCCUCAGGAGGAACCGCUCAAGAUGAGUCUCGAUCGUAGGAGAUCUUCUGGGAAGAAGAAAGCGACCAGAGAGUUGAAAUAUCCCGAACAGGACUUCAUCCUAGCAAUUGAAGAAACUCAAGAGUAUCAGUUGAUUCACAUUGGAGGAGAACGGUGCUGUGGCUGUGAGCGGAUCUUUCAAACCUAUCAGGAAUUGCAGGAGCAUUGCAACGAAGCUCACGUCCGGUCACCGGAAAAUUCUCUUUGCGAGUGUGGUUUAUGCUUUGAAAAGUUUGACCAGAUUCAAACAUACAAUAGACACACCACGGCAAGAAAUUUGAAGGAACUCUACUACUGCAAGUUUUGCAAGAUCGUAAUUGACGUCAAAUUUCGCUUCGAUCAGCAUCUCAAAUCAAGCCUGGCUCAUCAAGCCGCUCGCGAACAAGCAGGAAUCGAUCCAAGUCCUCCGUUGGAAGAAUUCUCCCGCGUCCUUGAAGCCGGUAUCGAAGUUCUCCAAAUCGAUGGCGUUCGUUGCUGCGGCUGCGACUUCACCUGUGCCAAUCGGAAUGAACUCGAAGAUCACUCGGAAGAAACGCACGGCUUCCAGCGGGUCAUCACCGAAUCAGAGCCGACCCCUUACGAGUGCGACAUCUGCUUCCAACACUUCCCAACCCCACAAACGCUCAAAUUCCACACAAAUGCCGCCCUCCAAAGCAGCGUCUUCAAGUGCACCCAGUGCGACGUCCAGUCCGAGAUCAAACAGCGUCUUCUCCAGCAUCUCGCCAGCGGCGUCCACGAGCAAAUCCCAAAAAAAGAAUCGACCUCCAAACACGCAACCCACAAACUCACACCCCAGCAACACCUGUGCUGCUUCGUGCGCUGUCCAGCCUCCUUCACCUCCCCAACCGAGCUGCUCUCACACGUGGAGUCCGACCACGCCGCGAAACGACGCGAAAAUGCCGAAGAGCGCGAACUGGACGGCCCCAUCUGCUACGUGUGCCACAAGAGCUUCCGGACGGAGCGCGCCCUGCACGUCCAUCAGUUUCCGAAGAAUCGCCGCGCGAACUCGCGACCGAACGUGUGCGGUGAGUGUGGAGCGGCGUUCCAGACGGCGUCCGGACUGAUCCAGCACGCGAAGAGUCACGCCGCCGAGCGGUGGGAGUGGCAGUGUGACGUGUGCGAUCGGAGGUGUCCGGACGAGGGCGCGCUCCGCGUUCACCGCGUUUGCCACGAGGAGGAGCGCGCGUGGGAGUGCGACGAGUGCGGGAAAAAGUUUCGGCGGAAGGGGAAUUUGAAGGUCCACAAGCGCUGCCACCGGGAGGUCAGCAUCUGGGACUGUCCGCACUGCGAGACCAGCUUCAAAACCAAGCAAAGCCUUACGCUGCACAUUCGUAGCCACACCGGCGAAAAGCCUUUCCAGUGUCGGUUCUGCGAGAAUCGGUACUCGCAUACGACGGACCGGCAGCGCCACGAGAUGGCCACCCACACGAAGGAACGGCCGCACCGGUGCGAUCUGUGUCCGGCUGCGUUCGUGCGCAAACGGCAGCUGACGAUCCACGUGCGGAUUCACACCGGCGAGAGGCCGUUCGUGUGCCAGGUUUGUGGCCGAGGGUUCAUUCAGGUGAAUUAUCUGAAGAAGCACUUGACGACCCAUGAAAAGGCGGGGAAGGGAUUGGUGGAGACGGAGUACAUGAUCGAAAUGCUGCAGGACGAUGAGGAAGAGGAACUUUCGGAGACUGAGCAGAAGCGCUACUACGAGUUGGAGAUUGAACAGAUGGUUGACGAGGCAGAAGAGGACGACGAUGACGAAUAAA